GAACAGAAAACCAUAAAUACAACCUUUGUUUUUGGUUCCAAUUCUAAAGGUUACUGUUAAGGUUUUCUGCCAUUCAAAGCUUCUGCCUCAGCCUCACACUUGCUCACACAAUAUACACCUACUUCCAAUCCUCAAAUUCAACAAAGUUUUCCAUGGCUAUGGAGUGGUACUAUGGCAGAGCCAAUGAAGAUGUCACGGUUCCAAAAGAUGGGGGGAUGUUCGAGGGGCUUCCAUCAUCGCCCGAAAGUUGGCCUUCGUGGGUAAACAUAGUUGGAAACUGCAGCUCCCAAAAGAAACUCAAUGCAUUAGAGGUGGAGGAUCUCUUCAACGAGCCCAUGCUGUCUAGGCAGCAGCGUUCGGAUGUUCACCUCAAUGACCUUCCCAAAAUCGAAGAGGCGGAUGACAUUUUCUUUGAUUCGCUUUUCAAAGUAGAUGCCGGAGAGUCUGAGGGAUCUGAGAGUUCAGCUAAUAUCGCACAAACUUCAAGCUGGAACGAUGUGAUGGCGUAUGAUUUUAGUAAUCACGUUCGAGACAGCACAAACGAUGUUUCAAGUGUCGGCCAUUUCUCACACGAACAGGAACUGGAAGCUGAAAUGUGCAUGUUAGAAGAACAAUCCGAUAUGUGUGAAGAUACGAACGAGUACAUAUCCAUGGACGAACCCGUGUUACUGGAGCUACAGAAUUUGACUCAGCAGCUAGCCGACACUACCAGAGUUUGCUUUCGCGAUUCUUUGUACCGCCUAGCAGAAAACUCAAGACACCAGAUGAAAUGUAGUCAGAGUGGACAGGAUGACACUAGAGAUGGACCAUCCAGGUUACAGGAAUCCAAAACCGAGGACUCGGACACGAAUUCCAUCGACAGAACAGUUGCUACGCUCUUGUUCACCACGAUGCAGUUCUGCAAUUCAACGUCAGAUCCCGAUGGAGACACACUCGGAAGGGAAUACCAGGCGAACUCGUAUUGGUACCACCCGUGUUCCUCCGCCCCAGGAGGCGAUGCAGAGGUCCCGACAUUUGAUUAGACGGACCCACGGCCCUCUCAACGACGCGUCCCCUUCCCCCCCGGCCCGGAUAGAGACUCGACCGGCAAGCCAUGGCGUGAAGAAUCGGUUUCAUUCUAUGGCAGAGGAGGAAAGGAGGGUUUGCAUUCGUUAUGACUUGAGAGUUGUGAGCUCAUAUUUUGAUCGUGUGAAAUGAUGAUAAGUGUAGUUUACUAGUUUCCUUCUUCUUCUUUUUUUUUGUUUGCUUUUUUUAGAUAAAAGAUGCAGUUUUUAAAUGUGUACAUGGUGACCUAUGUAAAGAGAGAAUCGAUAAAAAAACGUUUGAUUUUGGCGGGAAAACCCCUUUUGAUUUGAA